AUGAGGUUCACCACCGUUACCGCAGCUUUGUCUGCUAUGAGCGUCGCUUCUGCGCAUUUCCUCGUCGAAUAUCCUUACUGGCGCGGUGACUCUUUCGAGGAGGGUGCCUCUCAAUGGAUCUUCCCAUGCGCAAACAUCAGUGAGACAGAGGACGUCAACAACCGUACCCAAUGGCCCGCAACUGGCGGCUCCAUCAAGCUGGACGUACACCACCCAUGGGCCCUCACCUACGUCAACCUCGGCAUCGGCACCAACGUCUCCGCCUUCAACAUCUCCCUCGUCUCCAACUUCAACCAGACCGGAAACGGAACCUUCUGUCUGAAGGAGACCGGCAAGGCUAAGCUCGCGGCAGGUCUCGCAGCUGCGGGUUUGAACGCGAGCAGUGUCGAUGGAAAGCAGGCUUCGUUGCAGAUCAUCCAGAUCGCUUCGACAGGUGCUUCUUUGUACAACUGCGCGGAUAUCACAUUCAACGCUACCGCCGCCCUCCUCGCUGACGACGAGUGCUCGAACUCAACCGGCGUCGCUGGCGUUUCCAUCCAAAACGUAAACGCAAAUGGAACCUCUACAGCACCUCCCAGCUCGAGCAGCUCUCCCGGUGCCGCCGCCAACGUCCGUCCAAUGGUUGGAGGAAGUCUGAUCGCUGGUCUUGUCGGUCUGGCUGUAUUGUUGUAA